AUUCUUCUUGUAAUCAGUUUCCUGUCCUCAACAAUGGCUGGAAUUGUAGUGGUUUUCGAUUUUGACAAGACGAUUAUCGACUGUGAUAGCGAUAAUUGGGUGGUCGACAAUUUGGGUUUUACCCAGUUGUUCAAUGAACUUUUGGCUACAAUGCCUUGGAACUCUCUCAUGGAUAGGAUGAUGAGAGAGCUUCACUCUCAGGGGAUUACUAUCGAACAGAUUGAGGACGUUUUGAAAAGGGCUCCAUUGCAUCCUCGGAUCAUAACAGCCAUUAAAUCAGCCCACGCUCUUGGGUGUGAUUUGAGGAUUCUGAGCGAUGCAAAUCUAUUCUUCAUCGAGACAAUCCUGAAACAUCAUGGGCUGAUGGAUUACUUCUCUGAGAUUAACACUAACCCAGGUUUCGUCGAUGAAGAAGGGAGGCUUAGGAUCUGCCCUUUCCAUGAUUUCACCUCAUCUCCUCAUCACUGCAAUCUCUGCCCUCCUAACAUGUGCAAGGGUUUGGUGAUCGAGCGGAUACAAGCUUCUGUAUUUGCAGAAGGGAAGAAGCGAUUCAUCUACCUUGGAGAUGGAAAGGGUGAUUACUGUCCAAGUUUGAAGCUAAAUGAAGGAGACAGAGUGAUGCCAAGGAAGAACUUCCCACUCUGGGAUCUGAUUUGCAGUAAUCCAUUGCUUAUCAAGGCAGAGAUUCAUGAAUGGAGUAAUGGAGAAGAGCUUGAAAGGAUACUAUUACACUUGAUCAACAUGAUCACCAUUGAGGAGAGCAGCAAUAGUAUAUCGACUCAAUUUAUUUCAGGGGAUUGCAAGUUUGAGACGAUUCCAAUCUCUACCCAUGAAUCCUUUCCCAAAGCUCUCCCAGUUCGUCAUUAAAGUCUUCUCAUUAGCCAACUAACUAA